AUGAGGAGCCAGAGCGGUUGGGGGUCGGGCCAACCGAACUCCCGGCCCCGGCUGCGCAGCUCCCAGACGCCCACCAAGAACUCGUGCGCUGCCUGGACCUCUAGCUUUUCGCCCUACACGCAGCCCUCUGCAAAACCCCAGUCCCGCAGACUUUCCCUAGCGGCGGGAGGAGGGCAUGAACCUGGAAAGGGAGGCAACAGCCCUCUUGGCAGGCGGGCAAAACGAGACAAUGAGGUGAGAAAAGUCCUCAUUGUAUCUCCACUUAGGAGAUACGAUCUAGAGCAGAUCCCUGGGUCAUUCAUUAACAAAGCUUACGAAGUCCCUGCUGUAUACCAGAUGAGAAAACGGAGGUUUAUGGCCAUCAGUGGCUGAGCAGGGAUCGGAGUCUCAUUCUGUCAAACUCUAAAGCCUGCGUUCUGAACCAACUCAAGCUGCCCCAGGAUAUUCCUUGGAGCCUCUAUCAACUAAUUUCACAGAUUCUUUUUUUUUUUCCUUUUUGCUGCUGUCAUGUUAAUGGGCAUUAUUUAAAAAGGGAUCUUACCCCAGAAUUUGAUUUGGUGUCUCCUUGUUGACACCAUAUAAGAGCAAAUCUAACCACAUGUAGUGUUUUCACAAAAGUGUACCUAUCCAUCAAUUCUAGCCACAAACCUCUAAGGUCAGAAAUCUCAAAGAUUAAGCCAGAGGGAGGUGGAAUAGUCCAAACUGGUUUAGCUGCUUGAGUCUUCUCUUUUAUUUGAAAAUCACUUAAACUCUGUCAUUGACACAGUAUGAGUCCUUUCCUAAAGACAUUUUAAAAACUAACUUCUCUAUGAAAAGCAGUGAAUAGGAGGGCUAACACAAUUUUUAAAACUCUCAACAUGUGCAGCUCAUAAAAAGUAGGCAUAUGAUUAUAUAUACCUUUGAUUCAACCAGUUUCUAUUACAAGUAACCUGUGAACCCUAGAACUUAGUUAUUUUUUUUUAAAAAAAGGAGGGGAAUCUCCACCUUAACCUUUUGGCCAUUUAAUCACUUAUUUAUUGAGUGGUUUCUAAGUGCCUGCUGUUGUCGCUCACUGCUUAUUAGUCCUUGUGAGAGCAAUCUUCAGUAGGAAUUAUUAGAAUUCCCAUUUUGGAGAUGAUGCUACUGAGGCUGUCAGAACUUGUCAUAUUUCUAGCCAAGAAAUUUGAACCCAGGCAGUGCUUUCAGCUAUUAUACUCGCUCCUCCCCUUUUGAAAUGGAUUCAAGGUAGUCACUCACAAAUGUGGAGAAUAAACUGAAGAAAGAAAUAAUAAGCCAAGUCCAGUCAUCUUAACAACCAUUUUUAACUGUUUCCUAGUAGUUUGGCAUAUAAAAAAAUUUCCCUCGAGAAAAUAAAACUUUAGUAGAAUAGCAGUAUUUUAAAAUUAUGUUAAGCUUUUCAGUGUGUGUUAUCAGACUCAAAUGUAUUAAAUUCCUUAUUGGAUUAGACCAGUUAACACUGGAUUUUGUCACAUUUCUACUUUUAAAUACCACAUCUAGGAAAGAAAUGUGUUAAUAUUUACUUCAUUGUGCCAAAUCAGAUUCUAUUGUAAAACUAGAUCAAAAAUGAAUCACUACACUAUAAAAUGCAAAAAUCUGUACUUGGAUUGUAAAGAGAAACAGGGACUGUUCUCAUUUUCUGGCGCAACUUCUCAACUCUCAUUAUGCUCUGUUGUAGAAAAAAUGCAUUAUUUCCGGUCAUUUAAAAGAAGUAGGGCCAUUUUUUUCUAGAAAAUAAAUGGUAAUUGAAUCACUGAAAUGAUUUUGGGAAAACAGUUUCCAUACCAAUAGUGUCUAAUGUAACUCUGAAAACUCUUGGUGUUAUAAAGGAAAAAUUUGAAUUUUUCUAAUGUAAGCUUAAAUGUACCCAUUCGAAAUCCUCUCCAUUCCUUCCAUGUAAUCCUUCAAUGUUUUCUCGUCCAAAAAGUAUAACCAAACAUAGAGCCUUGAAUAUUU